CAGGGCGACGGUCCAGAGGACAAAGUACGCCCAGGCGGCGCCGUACGCGGCGUACAGGCGGCGGUGGAAGUCUGAGAUCUCGGGGAAGUUGUGUACGAACCACAUCAUGUAGCCCGGCCGCGUGAUGAUGAGGACGGUCAGGGCGAUGCACAGCGCGAGCAGGAGCACGCUGCAGAACAGGGUGACUGCCGCGCGGAGCUUCUGCGACCCGGUCACCGUGUAGCCCUUUUGGAUGAACAGCACGGGUGUCAGGCCCGAGGUGAUGGCGACGACGAGCCACCAUGCUGUGAUUUCCGGACCGUUCCACCACCACGUCUUGAAGUAGGGUGCGCAGAGGAGGCAGUGUUGGAUGAUGAUCAGGGCUGCCAUGGUGACCUUGUGGAGCUUCAGGGCCGACUUGUGUUCGUCGUCCGGGUCGUAACCACCCCGAGAAGGCGUGGAUCGCUCAUGCCAGGUAUCGGGAUAGCAUGGUGCCCUCAACGAACGGUUAGGGUGGGAGCCGACGUCGAAGGGGGUGAAGCCCCGGGGACCCAUGGUGAUGGCGGCUGUUUGCUGCUGGUGGACGUUUUGUUUUCUUUUCUGCUGCUGGGCGUGGCGAUUGCGAUGAUGGUUCCGAGGAACAGCUUGGUUGAUUUUUCCAGGUGUCUAUAUCUUGUCUCGAUAGCUCCGGUGCUGAUUCUGUAUGGCUUCGAUGUGGUCGGUGGGAUGGCUUUGAUGAGCUGGACAAGAUGUUCUUGGUAUCGAGUUGAUCUGCUUGCUGAGCUGAUGGUCUGCUACAGGACAUGUUCCGAGAUCUCGUACGACCGGCCCUGCUCUUAUAUGAAAGAGAAAAACCAUGGUACGUUUCUUUGGCAUCUCCGGAAAGUGCGACGGCGGUUGAUUCGGAGAUACCUCUGCACCUCUGCGCCGCCGUGGCCCGACCUCUGGGCUGGGCAACUCAGACUCUGGUCAGUCAUGGAUGUCGGAGAUGCCUCUAGGCCGUUCCGGGCUCACAACCUCUGAGAAUCACGAAGCUCGUUAAAGUUGGAAAUACGUCCUUUCUCUCAACAGCCGAGGAUCCCUAGGUCUUGUAAUACACGAAUGUGUGAAGUGUCAUAGUAUUAAACGCAUGAAGACGUAACUGACUGAGGACAGAUGACUUGGGCUCUCAAGGUCUAAAGAUCGAAUUAUUUGGCGGAAGGGACAAACAGC